GGUGUUGACUGAAGUGAAAUGUUUACAGAUUGUUUGAUUAGCACUAUCUCACGUUGUAGUUCCACAUUAUGAAGGCGCUCACCGAGCUAGCUGGACGCUUCCUCGCGUAUAAAAGCAGUCUGGGAUAACAGAGACGUUGCAUAUGGAGGUAGAGGGGAUGGAAGAUGAAGGACCUUCGACUCAAAGUGAACUUCCACACAGUGAAGAUCACCAGUUGACACAACAGGAAUCCUUGCAUGUGGAGAGCUCAGCCCCUGUACAGAAUGCAUCUGUGUAUAAGAAAGCAGUGGACAAACUGACAGAGGGAUUACUCUCUCACUACCUGCCUGAUCUACAGAACUCUAAACGAGCACUUCUAGAGCUCACACAAAAUCAGCUGAUAUUGUUAGACACGCUGGACCAAGAAGUCACCAAGUUCAGAGAAUGCAACACCUUACUGGAUCUCAAUUCACUGUUUACAGAGGCGAAGUUUUAUCACAAUAAACUGGUGAACAUAAGGAAAGAGAUGAUUAUUCUUCACGAAAAAACAACUAAACUAAAGAAAAGAGCUUUGAAGCUGCAGCAGCAAAAGCAGAAGGAGGCGCUGGAGAAGGAGCAGAAACGUGAGAAGGCGCUUGAGAGAGAAAGACAGCUUACUGCCAAACCUGCUAAAAGGACAUAGUAUCCCCAAGCACUAUAUGUUUGCUGUACUUAAGGACCAUGCAGGCGGUUAUGAAUGUUUUAGCCGAUUUAUCGCAUAUGUCACAUUACAGCUGACCAUUUUCCAAAGUGCAAGUAUUUUAGAUUUUAUUUUUCCGCCAGAUGCCAACUGGGGAUGCUGUGGUCACAUCAUAUGUGUGUUAGACCACUAGGGCCCCAAAACUCCAGCGGUUUUAGAUUUUUGAAUGCAUCUCCCUGCUAUUCAGGCAGCAAUUGUUUCUACACAUUUUGUUAUUGUAUUAAAAUGUACUUGAAAUGCCUACUUUUAUUAUUGUCAAACUUAUAACUUAACAUUUAUUGCUACAUGGUAAUGCAGCUGACAUAAGACUGAUAUAAGGCCUUUGCCCUGAGAUAUUGCAAUAUAUGACAGUUUAGGCAAUAAAAGCAGAUAUAUUUAAAAUUUAUUGCCCGUCUCAAGCAGGUUUCAUGUUUUAGCAAAUUGAAAGUACAAUGCAUUUGAAUCGUGGUGCUAGAAAUUAACUGCUUGUUAGCAACUGAAAGACUUUGGGGAACAGCUUCUACAAGCGAAUGCCAUAUAAGAAAUGGCUUGAAGUUGUUAAAUUGGACCGAGUGGCUUUAAAUGUUUUGUUUGUAUUUGUUUCCAACAGUAUUACAGAAAAGACUGUAAAUGUCUGUUUUAUCAUUUGUGUGACUUUGACUAUGAGUCGUUAUCUCAUAGUUGUUUCUUCACUUCAAUGAUGACACUCAGCCAACUUUAUACCUACACUGCAGUAGGAAACAGUGAGAUCCAGCGAGAAUUUGUGGAUUCAAGAAGUGUGAAACAGUCUUUACUGAAAGAAAGUGGAAUAGUGGCAGAAAUCAAACAUUUUUAAGACUAAUAUUCUUUGGAAAAUGGUUCGCUAUAUAUGAUUCUUGGUAAAUGGGCUAAAACUUACAGAUACUGAUCCUUUAUGUCUAAGAGUGCUAAGAUCAAACCAAAGACAUGAACAAAAUCAUCACAUGAUGGUACUUCCUACUGUCAGCCUCUGAUGACACAAACUCCAGCACUUCCAUGAGAAUGGAGCGGUUACACAAAAACACUUUUACAGCCAUCAGACAAUGACCAGGAGGAGAAUCGGUGCAUUUAAUGUUUUUGUUAAAGAUAAAGUGUUAGUAAUAUAUGUUGCUCAUUGGCUUCAUGCCCUGAUAGUGUUGAAUGUUAUUGAAAAAUCAAAUAGGUCGGCACUAAAUUUGACUGACUGUGUUUCUGUGGUCUAGAUACUAUGAUAGUAUGUUCCAAACUUUGCCCCCAUCCUACACAACAUCUGUAAAUUUGACUUUUAUACAGAUUCCUAUGCACAGCUUACACCUGGAGCUCCACUGUUUGUACAAUCAAUAAAAGCAGCACAAACUGGUUUAUAGUAAA